AUGAAAAAAAAAGAAAGAGAGAAUAGGAAGAAGAAAGAGAGAGAGAAAGCAGAAAUCAGCUCAACUCUUGGUUACCAGUCCAAAUUUCGUUAUCACCAAGACAACACCGGUCAUGAUGACUAUCACGGAAAUGAUGAUUAUGAUGAUGAUCAUGAUGAUCCUGAUGACGAUGAUGAUAAAAAGAGCGUUUAUAAUAACGAUGACGGUCGAACUAAUAGCAACAACAACCACAACAACAACCUGAAUAAUUCGCAGUUUACUGACAUAAACAGCAAUGAAAGUAGUGUAAAUAGCAACGACAAAAACCACAACAACAACAUCAACAACAACAUCAACAACAACAUCAACAACAACAUCAACAACAACAACAACAACAACAUCAACAACAACAACAAAAUGGGCAAAGCCUGCAUACCUAACCCGACGCAAACCUCAUUGAGUGACGCAACAAUUAUCGCUUGGAAAGUAUUCGUGAAAGAAGUUUCGAUCCAACAUUCGGUAUAUUUGCAAAUAUGGCGGCCGGUAUCAGUGUCGAAUCGGGUGCUUUACGGCGGUAUUUCUGGUACCGGUUCUGGACAAAUCCCGACUAAACCUGCCAAACGAAAAGAGAAUUUAAAAGUUAACAAAAUUUCAAGAUACCAUAGUUGGCGGAGAUAUGAUGGAACAAAUUUUUUAGCAAACACCAAAAAUAACACAAAAAGCUCAAUUAAAAUCAUCAACAACAACAGCAACAACAACAACAUUUAUAGUAAUGGUAAUAAUAGUAACCGCAACAAUGGAACGGACAAGAAGAAAAUUUAUGUCAGCAGGCGAUACAAACUCAUCGGCCAGACAUACUUCAAACCAUCCUCACUGCGACAGCAAACCAUCCAAUUAACCGACAACCAACAAAAGAUUCGAAUAAGGAAAGGUGACGUCAUCGGUUUCUACUAUCCGGACAAAAAUCCACUAGCCUUCGACAUUGUCCCGUGCGCUUUCUUGUCCCAAAAUAACGAUAGAGAGAAAGAAAUAAAUAAUUUCUUCAUCAGCUGCAUCGUUAUCAGCACCAUCACCGCUCUCUGCCUUAUAAUCGUUUUGUCGUUUGUGGGCGUGGCUUCAUACUUGACGGCUGUCAAUUAUAAAUAA